AUGGACGAUGAGCCCACCAACUUCACGCGCUCUCAAACCUUUACUGAUUACACUGCGGCACGCAUUCUGGCAUACACCGCAUCCAUGCCUGCCACUCUGCCCAUCAUCCCAAUGCUAGCAGCCUUGCUUGCCGGUUGGAUUGUCCUCUGUGCUUCGCUCCGCUUCAGGCGCAUCAAUAACCUCCAAAAGCGCCUGGGCUACACCGAUCGAGCUUCUCUGGCGCGUAUGACCAACAAUGAUGCCCAUGUCAUUAUCAGAAACAUGAUUGAGUUCGAGUUCCCCAAGUUCUACACCUUGGCUCUUCAGUUCGGCCUCUUCAAGACUUAUGGCAUUUCGACCAUUUCAAAGCUUAUCGUUGCUACCAAGAAUCUUGCGGAUCCCCACAACUCACCAAAGAGAUAUGAAGAUACUACCAUCCUCUUUGGAGAAGCUCAACGCCUGCUAAUCGAUCAACUCCUUAGGUUCUCUCUUAAUCCACCCACCUCUGACCGAGCUCUUAAGGCAAUCGCCCGCAUGAACUACCUGCACAGCGGCUACAAGGCCGCCGGCCAGAUCUCUAAUGCCGACCUUCUCUACACUCUGUCCGUCUGUGUCACCGAACCGAUACGCUUCAUGGAACUCUACGAGUGGCGCCCCCUUACCGACAUGGAGGUCUGUGCCGUUGGUACUCACUGGAAGGCAAUCGGCGAUGCCAUGGACAUUGAGUACAAGGGUUACCUGACUCAAGAAUCGUGGGCUGACGGCAUCGAGUUCGCCAAGGACAUCACCGCCUGGGCGAAACGCUACGAGAUCGAGGUUAUGAAGCCCGCCAAGGUCAACCUCCAGCCAAGCGGCCAGCUUAUGGGCAUGAUGAUCUGGUCCGUCCCAAGCUUCGCUAAGCCCUUCGCUCAGGAGGUUCUUACCGUCCUCAUGGGUGACCGGGUGCGGGAUGCGUUCAGCUACGCCGAACCUGGCAUCGUCGCCGGCUUCACCGCCUACGCAGCCCUCAUUGUUCGCCGCUUCGUCAUGCGCCAUCUCAUGCUUCCUCGCUUCACCCCACUCAUCUUCUUCUCGGAGCCGAACCCCAAGACGGGUCGCAUUCAGCACCACGACUACCUUGUCCAUCCCUAUUACAACCCGGCUACUGUCUGGACCCGCUGGGGUCUUACGGGCUUAGCCACUCGACUUCUGGGUGGCAUCGUCCCCGGCUCGGAGAAGAUGAUGCCGCAGGGCUUUCUCUUUGAGGAAAUCGGUCCCAAGCAGACUGUGGGCAAGGGCAUUGAAGAACUGGCCCAGGGUGUCGAGGUGCUCAAGGGCCGCAGUCGAGGCGCUUGCCCAUUUUCCGGUUAA